AUGGAAGAUAAGGAUUUUGUGACAAAAACUGAUUACUGGCCUAUAAGUAAAUCUUGUAUUGUAUUAAAUAUAGGUAGAAAGUAUAUAAAGGUUGGAUUUUCAAAUUCUUUGAGACCACUUGCUAUUUUACAAGUAGGGGAGUUGUGGGAUGAAUGCUUUGAUAGAUUUAGAAUUGAGAAUAAGAAUAGAGAAAGUAUCGGUAAAGUUAUUAAUCAAGAUGAUGUAUUAGAUGAUGAUCAAAGAGAACCACACGUCAAAUUUAACCAACUAACUAAUGAUAUUUCAAAUAAUAGUGAUUCUGAUUGUAGAAUAAAUCGAAAUAAAUUGGUUUUUAAUUAUGUUGAUAAAAUUAAACAUUUAGGGAAAUGGAAGAUUAAAUGGCUUUUAUUUUUGCAAGAAUUAUAUACAUCAUAUUUGAAGUGUAAUCCAAAAGAUUAUUCUGUAAUAUUAGUUGAGAAAGUACUAUUUCCAGAUUCAAUUCGUAAUUGUAUAAUUGAUUAUUUAAUUAAAGAUAUGGGUAUUUCAGGUAUUUGUACUAUUGAAGAACCAUUAGCAGCAUUAUAUACUAGUGGAAUACCAACAGGCAUUGUUGUUGAUAUUGGAAUAUCAGAAACAGUAAUAUAUCCUGUAUACAAUGGAUAUCCAAUUAUUCAAUCAAUUAUUAUCCUUAAUUUUGGAUAUAAUCAAAUUAUAGAUUAUUUCAAACGUAUAUUAAUUAGGCAGUUAGAUGUAAUUAAUGAAGAUAAAGAAGAAGAUAUAACUAACAAUGAAUUAACCCUUAUUAAAUCAUUACAAGAUCCAAUUUUUGAAGAUAUUCUUUUUCAAUGUGGGAUUGUAAAACCUCAAAAUAAUGAUAUAAUAGAUGAAUCUAAUAGUGAUGUAAUUGGGAAUUUUGAGUAUAAUUAUAUUUCUAAUGAUGGAAUGAUAUAUCAGAUUAUUUCUAUAGAUCAAUAUUCACGGACUCAACCAUUUGAAUUAUUUUUUGGGGAUGAUAAAUAUGAUUCAGAAAUAGUUUAUGAUAUUGUUAUUGAUGGAAUUAUUCCAUCAAUUAAAGCUUGUAAUAUUGAUAUUAGAAAAGAAAUAGUCCAGAAUAUAUUAGUUAGUGGUGGUAUAGCCGCAACAUAUGGAUUUGAGCAAAGAUUACUUUCUGAAUUAAAGUCUACAAUAGGAUUAGAUCCAAAAUUAGAACCUCUUGGUAAGUUUAUUAAUAUUAUUUCUCCACCAAUAUCACCAUUUAUACGUUCUUAUUCUGGAGCCUCUAUUUAUGCAUCUUUACCUGGAUUAAACUUUAUAACAAGUAAAGAAAUUGUUCAUUGA